UUUUUAAGGAAAGAAUUAGACAAGUCAUAUAAAAGAUUAGAGAGAGAGAGAGACUGAGUGUGUAACCAAAAACAACAAACUCAAUUCAAUUCACCAAAUCAGAGAUUUAUACAUUUGAUUUUGAUUUUGAUUUUGAUUCUGCAAACAUAAUCAUCAUCAUCAUCAAAUUCCAGUUUCUUUGUUCUACAACUAAAGGUUUGGUUGUGAGCAACAUCAAAUGCAUGCUCUGUUUUGGAAUUUUUGGAACAUUUUUAUUCAUUUAUUGUUGUUUUUACAAUAAAAAGAUUAUAUAGUAUGAGCGGCGCACCUAAAAGAUCUCACGAAGAAACUUCGACUGUUACUGCUAAUACUAAUAAUACUAAAUAUUCCCAUGAAGAUUCUUCCACUGUUACUGCAUAUCAUCAUCCCACUACCUAUGAAAUCCCUCUCAAUAUUAGACCUCAUACUCAUCCUCGAGAUCUUGAGAGGAGACCUUCUGCCCUUUUUCGAUAUUUAUCUGAAACUCAAGCCCAUGUAGACAACCCCAACCCCAAUCCCAAUCCCAAUCCCAAUCCCAAUCCCAAUCCAAAUCCCAGUCUUGGUUCUAGUCUCAGUCCUAAACCCAAUCCUAACCCAAACCCCAUUACCAUUUCCAGUCUCAAUCCUACUCCCACUCCUGCUGCUCCCACUCCCACUCCUACUCCCAUUCCUAAUCCUUAUCUGCCCUCUGAGGACAGGGAGAGAGAAAGGGGCAAGCUUGACCCCAAGGAUUUAAGGCAUGAGAGUAAAGAGAUGAAACAUGAUAGGGAGGAUGUUAAGAGUGAAGCAAAGACAGACAAGGAUGCUUAUUCUGUCUCUGCAGUUCACUUGAAUCGGAAAGAUUCAGGGGUGUUUCGCGGCUACGUAGGAAAAAGAUUUUCUGAUCCCCACUCACUUGCGGAUACGGAUCCCUCUGAGUUUGGAAAGGAUUUUUCCACUGCCGAGGAGAAGGAUCAUGUAGAACCCCAUGAGGCUGUUGGAGAGAACAAAUUUGAUGACAAAUUGAAGGAUAAGGAUAGGAAAAGGAAGGAUAUGAAUGUCAAGUACCGGGAUUGGGGGGAUAAAGAGAGGGAAAGGAUUGAUCGUAGGAGUACUAUGCAAGUAGCUAAUACGAGUAAUGAUGUAAAAGACUUGGCAAAGGAGGAAAGAUAUGCAGAGAAGUGGGAGAGGAAGGACCCUACCAAAGAUAAGGAAAGAGUAAAAGAAAGGGAAAAGGACCCUAUUAAGAGAGACUUGUGGCCUGGAGCAGACAAAGAGAGUAAUGACAAAGAUGUCGGGGAUGGAGGAUCCAACCGACUGCCAGAGCCGGAUAAUUUAUUGUCAGAAAAGAAACAUAAAGAAUCUGAGAGCUGGAAAACUGCAGAAAAAGAAUCUAGAGACAGAAAGAAAGAACGAGAUGGUGAUGGAGAUGGAGACAGACCUGAAAAACGCAGCAGGAUAUUUGAAAAAGAAUCAGAUGAUGGAUGUGCAGAUGCUGAAGGGACUGUUGAACGGGAAAGAGAAGUUUAUAAUAAUUAUGGAGUGCAACAGCGUAAAAGAAUGCAACGGUCUCGGGUUAGCCCUCAAGUGACAAACCGUGAGCCCCGUUUUAGGAAUCGUACUCAAGAUCAUGAAGGAUCUCAAGGAAAAACCGAGGUUUCCUCCGUGGUCUAUAAAGUCGGUGAAUGUAUGCAAGAAUUGAUAAGGUUGUGGAAGGAGUAUGAAGCAUCACAAACUGAAAAGAAUGGGGAAAGUUCAAGUAGUGGACCUACACUUGAAAUACGGAUACCAGCUGAGCAUGUUACUGCCACAAAUCGCCAAGUUAGAGGGGGCCAGCUUUGGGGGACGGACAUAUACACAGAUGACUCAGAUCUUGUGGCCGUUCUCAUGCAUACUGGUUACUGCCGCCCCACAGCUUCUCCUCCGCCUUCUGCUAUACAGGAGUUGCGUGCCACUAUCAGGGUGCUACCUCCUCAAGAUUGUUAUGUAUCUACCCUGAGAAACAACGUUCGUUCUCGUGCGUGGGGAGCAGCAAUUGGUUGUAGCUACCGUGUUGAAAGGUGUUGCAUUGUGAAGAAAGGUGGUGGAACCAUUGAUCUUGAGCCUUGUCUUACACAUACAUCUACUGUGGAGCCGACCCUUGCUCCCGUGGCUGUAGAGCGGACGAUGACUACAAGGGCUGCAGCUUCGAAUGCAUUGCGACAACAGAGAUUUGUGCGAGAAGUUACAAUACAAUACAACCUCUGCAAUGAGCCUUGGAUCAAGUACAGUAUAAGCAUAGUUGCAGACAAGGGUCUGAAAAAACCACUUUAUACAUCUGCGCGUUUGAAGAAGGGAGAAGUAUUGUACUUGGAGACACAUUCACGCAGGUAUGAGCUAUGUUUCACUGGAGAGAAGAUGGUGAGAGCAACGCAGUCAUCUCAGUCACAUGAACCCGAUUCAGAGAAGUCCCAUAAUCACCAUUCACAUUCUGCAAAUGGUGAAAGAAAUGAUGUUGAAAACAUUGUCAUUGAUACAUUCCGAUGGUCUCGAUGUAAGAAGCCUCUUCCACAGAAAGUAAUGCGUUCAGUCGGGAUUCCACUGCCCCUCGAAUAUGUGGAGGUAUUGGAGGAGAAUCUCGACUGGGAAGACGUUCAGUGGUCGCAAACUGGUGUUUGGAUUGCCGGAAAGGAAUACACACUUGCUCGGGUGCAUUUUCUUUCUAUGAAUUAGCUUUCUUCACCAUAUCCAUAUCUACUCUUUUCCUUGAUGUAAUUUCUUGUACCCACUAAGAUUUGAUGUACGGAUAGAAUAAAACACCCCCUUCUUUUUAUUUAUUAAUUAUUUAUUUAGAAUUUGAUGUAAUUGUUGUAUGCAAGUUCAUUUUCUAUAAAUUUAAGCUAAAUGUUAUUCUAACACCUCAAACAUCGAUGAAGAAGAUGGUUGUCAAAAAUGUAUAAAGAGCAAAUCAAAUAUUGUAAGAUUUCCAA